GCAUAAGUUGUUCGUUUGCGAUCAGGGAAGGUUCUUGUGGCGAAAUGGAUCUCCAGCGUGUCCUGGAAAAGUGUGGAAACUUUGGUCCAUACCAAAUCCUGCUGUUGGGUCUCUAUGGGUACACAAAUAUAGUAUCCUCGCUGCACUACUUUUCACAGACACUUAUUAGUUUUACGCCUUCGCACAGUUGCUCUGCACCAAAAGAAAACUUCCAACCGAAUUCGACUUCACUGUUGGCCUGCAGUGUCAUUCAAUACGAUGAAGAUCUGUCCUCUUUUCGGGACUACAAGUGCAACUCAUGGGAUUUCGAAAGGGAAAGCAACUACGAGAGCGUUACUACAGAGGUAAGUCUCAGCCCAAAAGUAGAAAAGGCAUUUGGUAUCUAAACACUGAUGUCUGAAAUA